GGAAGGAGGACUCGCUGAUGGUUUAGUCGAUCACCCAGUCGCUCACAGUCUCUCACUAAAACUCGCAUACCGUGGACAGGUUUAGAGAGAGAAAGUAAGGGAGGAGAGAGAAAAAGAGAGGCAAGUUGGGGCAGUUGUCUUAAUGAGGAGGGAAGGGAAGGAGCAGUAGUAGGAGCAGAGCAGACUGGGUGCAGUUUCCAUGGCGGCGUUUGCAGGGCUCUAAUUCCGUGCCUUUAUUAUUGUUAUUGCUGCGAACUCCACGACAACACCUCCAGAAUUCAUUUCUAAACCCUUCCAAUUACUCACCCUACCCAACCCCAACAAAACCCAAAAAAAAUUUCCUUCCUUAAUAUUCUCCGUAGGUCUUAGUAUUCUUACCCUAACAUUAAAAUAUUCCCAAGAAUUACCCCUCAAAAAGCUGCAAAAAACUACCCUGUAAGGAGAUCGCUGAGAUUAAUUUAAAACACACAGUCGCACAGUAAUAGCGCACAGAUAAGAUCACAAGGUCAAAAAAGGAAACCCAGGUUGUGGUUUAAUUAAUAUGGAUUUGUACCCAAAAUUGAGGUUAUCAGAAAAAUGGCUGGCUUGUUUUGCUUAGGAGGGAGAGAUCAAAGUCCGAAUAGCCGCGGCAAACAAGAGGGAGGGAAUCAGAGCGGAAGAGUGGGAGGAGUAGCAGCGGAAGCGGCGGCUGGAGGAGGAGGAGGAGGGAACUUGUUUUUGUACAGAUCAACAGGCGAGCCGCAGGCCGAGAUCUACAACAAGGGGUUUGAGAUAUGGCCGUCACAAUACCAUCCACACCAAAACUUGAACUACUACUCGUUUGGAGUGGAUCCUAGCUACAACAGUAGACACUUGGACAACAAUAACGACGGCGUUUCGGCGGAUGAUCUAUCGGCAGGGUUGAGGCUGACGGUGAUGAGGGGAGGAGGGUUAGGAAGCAGCGGCGGCGGCAUGAACUGUCAAGACUGCGGGAACCAAGCGAAGAAAGACUGUCCGCACCUUAGGUGCCGGACCUGUUGCAAGAGCCGAGGGUUUCAGUGUCAAACACACGUGAAGAGCACGUGGGUUCCCGCCGCGAAACGACGGGAGCGGCAGGAACAAUUCUCGGCCUUACAACAAAACCGAAGUCAGCAACAACAGCAAGAGCAGCAGAUACAGUAUCGAGGUGAAAACCCCAAAAGGCAGAGAGAUAACUCUCUUGCCUGCGUUCGUAUUCCUUCCGACACGUCAGAACAAAUUCUAGGGUUGGAGUUGAAUCCAUUUCCGCCAGAAGUGAGCUCACCGGCGGUGUUCCGCUGCGUAAAAGUAAGUGCAAUGGACGAUGUAGAUGAGCAAUUCGCGUAUCAAACGGCUGUCAACAUCGGAGGGCAUGUGUUCAAGGGACUUCUGUACGAUCAAGGCAUGGAUGGUCAGUAUUACCCGAGUUCUGGAGGAGGAGGUGAGAGCUCCUCGGGCGGUCAAGGUACUAGCCACGAUCAUCACCAAGACGGAGGAGGAAGCGGAGGAGGAGGUCAUCCACAUCAUCAUCAGCAACAUAAUCUUGUAACAGUCGCGGCUGCCGGCGGGACCUCUGGCAAUCCGUCUACUACGUUGCUUGACCCUUCUCUCUUCCCAGCUCCAUUCAAUGCUUUCAUGGCUGGUACGCAAUACUUUCCGCCUCCCAGGUCUUAAAAACCAAAAACCCAAAACCCAAAAAAAACAUAGGCAGUAUUUGAUUUGCUUGUUUCCUUUUAACCAAAAUCUCUUUUUGUCAGCUAGCUACUAGCUUAAUUAGUCUAGCUGAUGAUGUUAAUUGUUCUGAUUAUCAUGGUUUUAAGUUUCUUAAUUUAACCUCAUGCACUCCAAGUAGAAGAAUACCUAGCUAGCUAGGGUGGCGAAUUGGAUCGAGACGUCGAUUGAUGAACGACGAGGACAAUUUAUAUUUGGAUGGACAGGGAUGUUUGGUUUUGUUCGAAUUUCAGCUCCGAUUUUUCGUGGUUAAUUAUUUUGAUGAGGAUAACUCUUAUCGAUGAUGA